AACUUUGACUCCAUUAAAUUCCUAUCGUCAAUAACAUAAAUACAAGUCGAAAUGGGUGGUGCUCGUGAUAAGAAAGUCCAAUACUUCUCCAAGUUGAGAGAAUUGUUAGAAGAAUACAAGUCUAUCUUCGUUGUUGGUGUCGACAAUGUUUCUUCCCAACAAAUGCAUGAAAUCAGAAAGGCCUUGAGAGGUGAUGCCGUCGUUUUGAUGGGUAAGAACACCAUGGUCAGAAGAGCCAUCAGAGGUUUCUUGUCUGAAUUGCCAGAAUUUGAAAAGUUGUUACCUUUCGUUAAGGGUAACGUUGGUUUCAUUUUCACCAACGCUGACUUGAAGACCAUCAGAGACACCGUUGUUUCCAACGUUGUUGCUGCUCCAGCCAGAGCCGGUGCCGUUGCUCCAUUAGAUGUCUGGAUCCCAGCCGGUAACACUGGUAUGGAACCAGGUAAGACCUCUUUCUUCCAAGCUUUAGGUGUCCCAACCAAGAUUGCCAGAGGUACUAUUGAAAUUGUUUCCGAUGUUAAGGUUGUUGAAGCUGACCAAAAGGUCGGUCCUUCCGAAGCUACCUUGUUGAACAUGUUGAACAUCUCUCCAUUCACCUAUGGUAUGACUGUUGUUCAAGUUUACGACAACGGUCAAGUCUUCCCAUCUUCCAUCUUGGAUAUUACCGAUGAUGAAUUGAUCAGUCACUUCGUUUCUGCUAUCAACGCCAUCGCUUCUAUCUCCUUGGCUGUUGGUUACCCAACCUUACCAUCCGUUGGUCACUCCCUUAUCAACAACUACAAGAACGUCUUGGCUUUAUCUAUUGCCACUGACUACACUUACGAAGGUUCUGAAGCUGUUAAGGACAGAUUGGCUAACCCAGAAGCUUACGCUGCUGCUCCUGCUGCUGCUGCCUCUGCCGGUGCUGAAGAAUCUGGUGCCGCUGAAGAAGCUGCUGCUGAAGAAGCUGAAGAAUCUGAUGAUGACAUGGGUUUCGGUUUAUUCGAUUAAACUGAUUAGAAUGAAACUUUUAUAUAAUAGUAUUUAAUUUCAUUAUAAUAUUCAUAUCUAACGAUUUUUGUGC